CGGCGAACACGUUAUACGUCACGGGUACUCCUGCGCAUGCGCAUUGUUCUCCGACUUCCUGAUCCCGGAACUGCAGCUUCUUCCUGAGAGCGUGAGAUCACAGAGAAGGCUGUGUUGGUCUUCUCCACCAUGGCUUCCACCUCAGAAGAGAACGUGCAUGUAGAGGAGGUGGUGGUGGUGACGACGCCAGACAGCUCUGCUCCGAGUCCCUCGGUGGAGGACAUGAGGAACAUGCUGGAGAACGCAGACCUGCAACAGCCUGAGUUGGAUCAUAUGGAGGAGAGUUUGGAGUCUGAAUCCACUUCUGCCAUCUCUCUGCCUAAAGAAGCAGUGCUUGUGAAGUUCUCAGGCGACGUAGACAUCGAGACGGAUAUCCUUUACCAAAUAACCUGCGGAGACAGCAAGGCCGACCUGGUGUGGAAAAAAUUCGUCUGCCCCGGGAUCAACGUCAAGUGUGUGCAGUUCAACAAUCACCUGAUCAGCCCCAAGGAGUUUGUCUACCUGGCUGGAAAAUCCACUCUGAAAGACUGGAAGCGAGCGAUACGGCUCAACGGGACGAUGCUUAGGAAGAUCAUGGACUCGGGCGAGCUGGACUUCUACCAGCACUCGAAGCUGUGCUCCAACACGUGCCGCAGCACCAAGAUCGACCUGGUGGGGACUCGAGCGUCUCUCAGCAGCCAGACGUCCACCGAGACAGCACUGACCUCGUCUUCUACUGACGUGAACGGAUGUCCAGCCACGCUAACGACGGAAAACUCCGAAGACGGCACUGAGUGGGUCACGGCUAUAGGAGAGGACACCAUGACAUUCUGGAAAGCUCUGAAGGAGGCUGGACUGCUGGAGGACAUUGUGGAGGAUCUGCAAAAAGAGAUUGAGGAGAUCCUCAAAGGCCUGGAGGAACACAUCAAGGAACCUCCACUACAGGUCAAAGACGCGGCUCUGCUCAACAAUAUCGUUCAGAACUUUGGGAUGCUGGACCUGGUGAAGAAAGUGCUGACCAGCCACAAGAGCGAAAUGGAUCGCUGUCGGGAACAGUACACACAAAGCCUGGCAGCUCUGGAGCGCCAGUGUGACGAACACCGCAAGUGCGCCAAGGAACUGAAGAGCAAAUCGCAGCACCUUAAUAACGUCCUCAUGAACCUGACCCCCGUCGCCACGCCGCCGCCGCCUCCCAAACGCCCUCGGCUCACCCGCGCCAUCUCCGGCCCCGCCACGGUCAUAGCUCCGCCUGCUCAGCCUGCUCAGUUCACCCUUCCCAUCACCCAGCUCACAGGCAUCCCACUGGACAAAAUCCUGUCCGCCCUUGGAGGCUCUACCCCUAAUCAGUCACCCUUCUUAGGAGGCUACACCGUCCUGACGCCUCCCGGAGGAGAACUGCAGUCCGACAUGUCCAAUCUGACCGUGCUGAGCUCGGAUGUAGCAGGAGGCUCCGCCAUCGUUAAAGUGCUCAGUCCCUUUCAGCUGGUCACACUGCCCACUCUGCAGAACCUGGCAACACCAGCAGGGGGCAGCACCAUCAUGGCAGUGCCUGUGAGUAGCACCACAGUGGAGACACUUGGAGCUCAGGUGGAGGAGAUCGCUCCGGGGAACGCUGAACAGCAAAGCAAAGACAAUCAGUAACAUCCACAAGCAGGGAUUUUUUUUUUUUUCUCAAAGGAAAUAUGUUUGUUUGUUGAAUCAUUGAAUUGUUUUUGUCACGUCUUUUCACACCGCUAGGUAUAAAAAAACCCCACUCUGGAUGCAGGUGUUCCCCCGGUGCCCCUGCACGUACACUCUCAGGAGAGCACUAACGGCGUGAAGCCACCGCGUAAAAGCACUGUGUUUAUUUCCUUAUUUUAUCAAAGUUUUGUUUCAAAGCCCUUUUCCCAAAUCGGAUUUUUUUUGGUGUGUAAUGUUGUAAAUACGCUGCUGCAACGUUCCUCUGAAUGCUUUCGUGUUACCGAUCAGUGUUAUUCCGUAUCUUCCCCCCUCCCCCGAUAAAACGUUUCAGCGAAAGGCUCUGCGUUUGUUUUCAGGGGACGUGUGUUUGCUCUUCGUCUUUAGGCAAAAGUUUGUGGACGCCUGAGCAGAAGAUAUCGGAUAUAAAUCCACUAGAUUUUGAGGAGAUUUGUUUUGGCCUGUCUUACUGUAGUGUGCAUUAAUGAUCCACAUCUCAAUGUUAGAGCUUUAUGAAGUGUGUGUGAUGUGAGUUAUGAGCGUGUCAUAACCACCAAAACACACACGUAAUUCAUAUUACGCCACGUAAGAAGAGUACACAUUUAGUGAGAGAAAAUCUGUCAGUGUAAUUUAUGCGUGUCUAUGCUUUUAUCUGUGUGUGUGUGUGCGUGUGUGUGUGUGUGUGUGUGUGUAAUACUCUUCUUGAUGUACACCCUUUUAAGCCUUAUGCUCCGUUAUCGAUCAUCUCCCACCUUUCUUCCUUUCAGCAGAACUCCGAAGCUCCGUUUCUGCUCGGGGUUUUGCGCCUCAGGGCCGCGUGUGAAUACAUGAAUAGGAACGGAAGGUCGGGGCGCGGGUUAAUGAGAUGUACAGCACACAAAUCUGCGGCUAUGCAAAACAGGAAUUUGGUAGGAAACCUCAUUAGCAAAGCUGAUUCCGGUCCUGAUUGCUAGUUUUACAUUCAGGGCAUUCAAUCCAUGCUGUCAGAAAUGCUACCGCUAAUGAAAGCACGCAGGCAAACGAUAUGGGUGGCGUCUCCACUUGUUGACAAUAAAAGGUUAAAAACUCGUGA